AUGCCUGACUCGUUUUCACACUCGCACCAUCGCGCCACCCCGUCGCGCGCGAACGUGCUCGCAAUCCGCCACCGCGCUCGCAAUCCUCGCACGCGCGCCUCUCGCUCCCUUGCGCCGUUCGCGCCUUCCAUGAAGCCAUCCGAAUACAUCUCCGGUGGGAAGCGCCCUCGACUCCCAUCAAUGGAUCUCGUCCCGGUCUCUCUUACAGCAUCAUUCCCUCGGAGACGCUACCAGCCGCCCUUUGUCCCGAGCCUCCGCCUAUCGCUCAUGACGCCGUUCCGCCCGUCGACGUCUGGGGUCUGCGAGCGCGCAGCCUUGUGUGCGCACGUGCAUGCGGGGUUUGCGCUUUCUCCUACGUCCCCCGAGGCUCGUGCGCCCUCCUUCACACAACCAGUAACCCCAGAAUUGAAGCAGCGCGGCCGUGCACCCUUCAAGUACUCCCGCUCCACUUCCAGCCUGGAUGGGUGUGCGCGCGUGAUGGGCGCAACCGCUCUGCGGGGCGGCCACAGAUCAGGGUGGAAGCACGUCAAAGUCGUGGUGAUGGGCUGCGCGACCGCUUGGUUGCGCUGCGUCGGGAUAUCCCGUCGGGGCAGUGGCGGCGUGGAUUUAGGUCUGGGCCGGGCCCUACAGGCCUCAGAUCUCAGAGACAGCCUGUGCAAGGUCCAGGCUAUCCGCGCGGACAAUGCCGGGAAGCGCCGGGAGGGAUUUGGCGGCACCCCAAACAUCACUUACAGUUGCUCAAGUGCGCGGGAACGCGAGUCCGUCAAGGACCCGCUUUACGAAGAUUCGCGGUUCUUCGGUCACCUUCAUUUUCUGUGUCCUCAGCUGAGGUUGCGUCUGGUUGCGACGUCCCGCUCAGGGGCGACACUCUCCCAGCAAAGCCCCGCGGCGGGCAGACCUCCGAACCACGACACCUUCCUAUUUGGGAAGACAAUGGUCGCAGCUCAAGUACAGGCGCGACACCUUCACACGAUCCGCGUACAAUGGCAGAUCUGCGCGCCGCCAGCGACACGCCGUUUUCCUUGUUAUUUCGAUGCCGAGGCGCACUCCUGCGCCCGAGCGCACCCGGGCGACGGCGUGCCGCCUGCCCGCUGCUGA